AUGCAGUUCUGGAAAAAUGAACCUGCCACUGUUCGAUCGAGGCGUCACUCAGUGUCGUUUCCUCAAACCACUCCAGGAAUUAUCCUAUUUCCACAAUGAACGCGGCACGUUUACAUUUGUUGCUGCAUGUUUUUCUGUCAACCGGCCUGCUGGUUCACGCGUUUGAUCCUUUAACGUUUGUCAAGAGCAGUGCGACUAUGGGGGAAAAGAUCUACAAGUAUUUCACACCUGAAAGUUGCGUCUGCUUCAAUCCUAUAGAGGAGCUGCGAAUGAUCUACAAUGAUUUCAUGCAGGAACGUUGCGAUCCGAAAAACAUCGUCCUCAAUGAAACAGGCCUCCAGCUCGACCUGCAAACCAAACUGUUCGGACAGCACAUCGCGUCACGCAUCAUCCUGAAAUCUGUGACCGGAUUCAUGAGCAACGACAACCCCAAGAAGCCCCUGGUGCUCUCUCUGCACGGACCGACCGGCACCGGGAAGAGCUUUGUUAGUCAGCUGAUUGCUGACAACAUUUACAAAGAGGGAAUGGACAGCAGCUUUGUUCAUGUUUUUACAUCUGAACUCCACUUCCCACAUUCAAGUCAUCUGGAUACCUACAAGUCUCAGCUACAGCAGUGGAUCAAAGGCAACGUCACCAACUGUGGACGUUCCAUGUUCAUCUUUGAUGAGAUGGACAACAUGCAACCUGGCUUGAUUGACAGCAUAAAACCGUACCUUGACUACCACGAAAAUCUGGAUGGAGUUUCUUAUCGGAAAGCCAUCUUCAUCUUCCUCAGCAAUGCCGGAAGGGAGGGCAUCAUACAGACCGCGUUAGAUUUCCGGAAAGCAGGACGAGAUCGAGAAGAGCUGGAGCUAAAAGAUCUGGAAACAGUGCUCUCUGUAUCAGUGUUCAACAACAAGAACAGUGGUUUGUGGCAUACGAGUUUGAUCGACAAGAACCUGGUGGACUUUUUCGUCCCCUUCCUGCCUCUGGAGUACCGGCACGUCGUCCAGUGCGUCAUGGCCGAGAUGAAAGCCAGAAGAGUUCCACCCGCCCACAACGUGGCAGACCAGAUGGCCAAAGAUGUGGUGUAUUUCCCCAAAGCUGAGAGAGUGUUCUCUUCCACAGGCUGCAAGACGAUAUCCAGCAAGUUGGCCUACUACACAUGAUGUCGUCAUCCGAUGGGCGCCGCAUUCGAUGUAAAAAACAAAUAAAUCAAAUGAUAACAUACAUCUGAAUGGUUGAGUAUCCAUUUACUUUGAUUUAAAAUGUAGCUUUACGUUGGACCCCAGCCUGUUGUUGGCCCUUUGGUCCAAAAAAGGCAUGCAUGCACAUUCUAAAAUGAUAAUUUUAUGCCACCACACGGUCUAAGUGGAAAAUGCUUGCUGUCAGCAAAACGGGGAACACGUGUGAGUUUGGUCUCAUGUGUAAAUAUCAGUAUCCAAGAAUAAAUGAAAAAAGCACUUCCAGGGUAUCCAUCCCUAUAAAACAUGGAGAUAAAAAACAUAUAGGCUAUGGCCCAGUGUGUGGACAGUCUUUGUGCAAAACACUGGGAAAAAAAAUGCAUUUUUUAAUAGAAAACGUCAAAGGUUUAUGGUAUACUUAUUUGGCUGUAAUCAGGGUGGAAUCGGCUCCUUGUUUCCUGUCUUGGUUUCUUUGCACCGUGUGGACAAUUUGGGGGCAAAUUUUACAUAUGAUAUUUUCUAAUUCUUUUACUUCUUGUUUGAGUUCCGUUUGGAGCAUUUUCAAAUGUGUAAAUAGCAUUAUUACAUUUGUUCGGGAUGAGGAUCUCUUAUUAGACAUGCAGUAUGUGGCAGAAUUGUCGGGUUGGACCUUGGUUCUGGGUCCAAGACGGUGACGCUUAAUUAAAGCUUUUUUUUUAAAGCAUGUGGGAGUUGUAGGGAAAUAUUUUCUCAAAUCUGGCAGGAUUUAAAACCACAAAAUAAAAGUUGUUAUUAUCUGUACAACCGCUUGUAGUUCCCUGCAGGUGGACGAGCUUUAGGUGGAAUGUGAAAGAACAAGUUAUUGUGGAUGGAAAACAAAUAAAAAAUUCACCUUU